GCGGCCGGGACAGCCCGGUCUGGCUGAUGCUGGCGCUGCCCCGCGCAGCACCGGGCUCCGGCAGGCUGGUAGCGGCGCUCGGGACUCAGGAGGGGCCCCCCGGGCUCCCUUCCCCUUCCCUCCCUCCGCGGCGGGCGGCGCUGGAGGAUUUUCUCCCGCCGCGGCCCCCUCGCUGUCCCCCAGACAUGGUAGGUCACCUCCAGCUGCAAGGGAUGGACGAGAGCCUGAAGGAGAAGAGCCGGGAAGGCUUGCUGGACAGUCCGGACUCGGGGCUGCCCCCCAGCCCCAGCCCCCCCUUCUACUCCCUGUCGCCCGGUGAGGGCCGAGCAGGGGCCAGCGGCGGCGCGGACCCCCCGGCCCCGGGCCACCGGCGAGAGGCCAAGGACGGCAAAGUGAUGCCUUAUCUGCUGCUGAACCCGUCCAUGCCAGAGAUAAGGCCUCGAAUGUACCCGGUGUUUUUUGGAGAAAGCAUUGAGGUCAACCCUGAGCCUGUGCAGGAAAUCAGGUGCAAUUCCGAGGUGAAGUACGACUCGGAGAAGCGCUAUCGGGAUGACAUCAUCUACGGCCCCAUCCCCACCGUCACCGCCUACAGCGAGACCGUCAUCGCCGCCCCCAACUGCACCUGGCGCAGCUACAAAUCCCAGCUGACCUUCGAGCCCCGCCAGAGGCCGCUGAGGUUCCAGAGCACCACCAUCAUUUUCCCCAAGCGUGCCAAGAACAUUUACAGGACCACCCUCAACUACAGCUUGGGUUGUGCCAAGCGCUGGUUUGCUUCCAGCGUGCAGCUGGAACUGUGUGAGGAAACCAACCCGUGCGUCAUGUACGGCGAGAGCCUCUGAUCCGCCCCGGCCACUGAGAAUUCACGGCUGGAGAACAGCUCUGGGCAAGGCUGAACUGGCUGGGAGGAGGCUGGCAGGGCACAGGAUGGUUUUGAUCAGUGAGAGGCUGGCUUGUAUUUUGCGACGUUCCUGACAUUCGUGAUCUGGAUUUUAUUUUUGGGGUUGUUUUUUUUUUUUUUUUGUUACCCCGGGCGUAUCUAUUUUUGGCUUGUGUUUAGAUGAAGUCAAGAUGACAAAGGACCCUGUUACCUGUAGCAGAAUGAUGCCUUACGAGCUCUGUAGGUCUCGUCUAGCACAUAGGUGAGAGUCACUGUGAGCUUCAGAGCUAUUUUGGUCUCUGCAAAGGGAAGACCAACUGCAGAGUCAGCGUCUGGUCAGCCCAGCACACUCCAGGCCGGAUCUCUUUCAGAGCUGACAUGCAGAGGAGGAGGUUAUUUGUACCAGUACAUCACAGCUUGCUCCAACAGCUCAGCUGAUUGAGAGCUGCCCUAUUACAGCACCACAGUCACCCCACUUCCUGAGAGGAGUGGAGACUGUCCCAAGAAAAAGAGGAUUUAAACAGGUCCCCCAGCUCUUGCUAGCAGCUGGAUGUUUGCAUGCCAUAGCAAGGCACAGCACAAGCUGGAGAUGGGAGAAGGGCCUGCUCUGAUGCACUGACACAUCUGUGAGCCCAGCCAGGAGUAAGCAGGGAGACUGAGGAAAAUGAGCAGCUGAAGGGCAAGUUUCUAAAAAUGACUGAGAGAUUUAGGAGCCCAGUGCCCUUUUAUCAAAACUAUUGUCAGACCAAGUGUGCCAUGCUUUCACUGCCUCUGACACCGAAUUUAAGGGAUCUGUAUGCACUUGCAGCCCUUCUGAGUUUCGGGGCGUGGCUGGAUUGCAGAGGGGAGUGUGGAGCAGGAAGAUGCUCCCAGCUUCUUUGAAGCCAGGGCAGGGUUAACUCACCCUCUCAAUAGUUUCCAUAUUUGUGGCAUGGGCAGCUUUUCUGCCUGUAGAGGAACAGCCAAACUUUCUCAGUGUAGAGCUUGAAGGAUUGAAGAGCCCAGAUCCAUCCAGGUUUUCCUCAAUCAGCCAGGCUGUAGCACUAAAACCAGCUGAACUGUCUCUGCAGAAGGACCAAGAAACAGUGAGCAGGAGUCAGUGCAGACAUCCUGAGGUAAAACAUUCCCCACUCAUGAAUCCCAUCUCCUGGUAUAUCUUCACUCUGGUCUCUUGCUGAAAAUGCAAGAGCCUGGAUUCCCACAAACAUAUAACUUUUGAAAAUAGCAUGGAACUGUCUCCAAAAAUCUUACCAAGAAUUUUUGCAUGCUGCUAAGACUUAGAAAUAACCACGCAGCUCCGGAAAUUAAUUUCCAGCUUUCUCUCUUCUAAACUUUCCAUUUUGUUCCUGACUUGCUGUGAGUCUGAUGGAGUUAUUUCAGAACACAGCUGAGCAGCCAAGUCAGAAAGCCUAUUAACAAUGUCAACAAGACAUAGCUGAUUGCCCAGAACAGUUGACGCACAAACCCAGUGAGAUUAAAAAAAAAAAAAAAGUCUGAAAAACUUGAAAAAAUAAUGAAAUUAGUAACAUA